AAUAUUAAUAAUAAUGAUAAUAAUAAAAAUAAUAAUAGCAAUAAUAAUAAUAGUAAUGAUGAUGAUGAUAACAAUAUUAUUGUUAUUAUUAUUAUUAUUAUUAUUAUUGAUACUGAAAGCAUUGUCAUUGACGUUCUCAAAAUGAUAGCGUUUAUUUGUAUUGACACUACUUAGACGAGGAAAUUCCAAAUUCAUCCGAGAGAAAUUUUAAAAUCGUCGUGACGUGUAAAUUGAUAUUUAGUCAAUAACUGUUUAUUGGGUCUUUGGGUCUUUUUUCAUUUAUUACAUAAUCAAAUGAUGAUGGAAAAUAAAAAAAAAAGAUGAAGCAAGAACAGAGAUAACCGCCCACAAAAAAAUAAAGCUUCAUUUUCAUGUUCUUUAUUCCAUCCACUUAAAACACAUUCACGCAUGAGUAUUUGAACUACUACUUAGUUUUAUUUUAAAUUAUUUUUCUUUUAUCUCCACUUUUGGGAGGCUUUGGACUAUUUAUUGACUUGUUUAUGUUUAAUUUAUCUCAAUUUUCUUACAAACAAUUACGUUUACACAAAUCGUUUAGCUGGUUUAGAUCAUUAAUUAGGUCGUUCAGUGUUGGGCGAGUUUCGUUUUUGUCGAAAAGGUGAAGGUUCCGUUUGUUGUCCGUCCUAGACUCUUGUCGACUUAUCCUUCAAAAGAUUAUAAAUAAAGAAUCAAUACAGCGAUACCAGCUACAGUGGAACCACGAUAUAACGACGAGCCAAGGGACUGGCAAAAGUUGUUCACUACAACGAGGUUUACACUGGUAAAACUGGACUUUUUACAGAGAUAGUAAAAUGUUCAUAAAUUGAAAAUUUAUAGACUAUUUUUUAUGAGAGUACAAAUCUUGCCCUCUUUUAAUUUCGUUAUAUCUAGGUUCUUUUCCAUAUAUUUUACUAUUACUGGGGUAAAGAAAAGUGUUGCUUAUUCCAAGUGCUUGUAGCAUACUGUAGGAGGGAAGUGCAUAGCCGCCUGCUUACAGACGGACCUUUCAUAGAUUGUGCUAGUAAAAGUAGUAUAUUAUGCCUGUAGCACUGCUCUUUUUUUGGCCAAAUUAUGUUAAAAUUAUGCUCGUUUUCCCAAAUUAUGCAACUUUUGAAAAUGAAGCAAUGAUCGUCGCAGUGAACGCAAUUUAUGCAAUUGCGUAAAGAAGCCUGAAAAAACAAUUCAGUCCUGAAUUUUUUUCAGGCUUCUUUAUGCAAUUGCAUAAAUUGCGUUCACUGCGACGAUCAUUUCUUCAUUUUCAUUUCAUUUCCGCAUUUCAUAUUUGAUUUAUUUCAUAUGUUAUUAACAUAUGCAACUUUUGUUGUGUGCUCUUAAAAACCAUGGCAAAUAACUCCAAAAUAAUCAGAAGCCGUAUAUUCUUGUUAGCUAUAAGAUAUAACGGUCUCUGGCAAUUGUGGCUUGUUCUGGCCCGUCAUUUCUCUGAGAUAGCUGUAAGUUUUCGCUCGAAUCGGCUGGCAUAGCUGAUGCCAUUUUGUAGCCUUGCCUAUGAGAGGUACUGGGACCGACAUGGUUUCCCAUGGGACUUCCGGUUCGCGUACACCGUAGUCCCAGGCCCCCAUUUCCGGCCUCAGUAAACUGCAAAUACCGCUAAAACAUAGAAAAACGUCAGAGUAUAAUUAGGGGUGAUGAAUGGUCCAUAAAAAAUUUUUAACUGCUCGCAAAAUUUAAACGAGUGCUCGCUUGCUCGUGCUCCCCAAAUUUUUGCAGUUGCUCGCAUGCUCGCUUUCUUGUCAGUAUUGCUCGAAAUUUUGUAAAUCCCUCUCAUGGGUUAAAGUAAAUGUAAUUCUGUAUGGUGCUUAAUUCCUAUAAAUAUGGCUAUCAAGUUCAGUGGAAAUGCACGCGAUAAAUGACAACGAUAAAUAACAAAUUAGCUGAUCUAGCUAUUUAUGGUUACAAGAAGAGAAGAUAUUGUUACCUUGAGUUUUUCUGAGUUUCUCUACCGCUCUACUCACUGGGCUUUAAUUAGGCCGUGUUUUCGAUAAAAACGGUUUGGAAGCUUUAGGAUUCUUCCAGAAGAGGCUGUUCUAACACGAGGAUCUUGUUCCUAUAUAAGAAGUGCUCGCUGCUCGCGAGUUGUACUCUCCAAACUGCUCGCUGCUCGCAAAGCAAAUUUUUUAUCUCUGCUCGUGCUCGCAAAAAAAUCGCAGUGCUCGAAUGCUCGCGAAUCCUCGCAAAGACCAUUCGUCACCCCUAUAAUUGGGAUUUGGGAAUCAACGUGCCUGUGCAAACCCAUAAAUGGUGCGAUCAUUAUCAAAAUAUGCGAAUUAUGUUAGCAGUGCUACGUUUUAAAAAAUGGGGAAAAUUAUGCUAGUUUUCUCAAAUUAUGCUAAAAAUUAUUUUAGCACAAUCUAUAAAAGUCUAUUCCUACAUACUCCUGAGGCUAGAUUAUUACGUCUGCAAUGCAGACUAUGAAAUGCUAUAUCCCAUGUCCCCAUCCUGUCUAAAAUUUUCCCUGCCGUCGUUCAUAAUGCCCUUUAAAAAAUGCAUCUCUUCCCCCAUCUUUCUCCUAUUUGAAAGGUAUAUUUGUUUCUCGACAGCUGACGUUAUCAUCGAAAAUUGACAAACUUAAAAUCACUUUUGUUCAAUCAAGAAAUGGAAAAUUUAAACCUAUAUGAUUUAAGAAAUGGAAAAUAAAAUCAGCACAGUUUAUUUUCUUUAGUACUUUCAAUUUCAUAAUGAUUUUUCUGAAGCAAGUUGUUACCUGACACAGAACUGAUCUAUUUACCUGCAGAACAGACGUUGCACGUUUUCUGGCAUACUGUUCGAGUAAUAUUGUAAAUACAGUAGCCGAUUUGCUGAUAAUAUGAGCAAGCGGACUCAAUCAUGUCAUCUUUACAGGACGCUUAAAAAUAAUGAUAAUAAUGAUAUUACUGUUGUAUUGGUCCAUCCCAAGAAAAAAAAAAUGCCCUGCCGCCAGGGAGUAAUAACAGAAAAAAUAGAAACUGGGAUCAACUGUCUGCUGAUUAAAAGGAACGAAAUUGUAUAUACACAUCUUCAUUCCGGCCAAAGAGAAAAAUUGCAAAUUUCAAAUAGGUUUGAGAUAUUGAAAUCUUUAAACCGACGUUAAAUCUUCCCCUUACGUAUUUAAAGGCCCAAAUAGGACAAUUGCACGAUGACGUCAUUUUACUACAACUACCAGAAUCCUUGAGUUCGUUGAUUUCUUGUGCAAAUUAAGGCUAUUGUUCUUUAAUCCUCAGCGGGAUUGACAAAUUUAAAUAACAAAGCAAACCCGAAAUGAAUUCUGGUAGUUGUAGUUAAAUAUCGUCAUCGUGCAAUUGUUCUAUCUACUAUGAAUAAAAAGGAGAUUUGAACUACUUCUGAGAUAUAUGGCUGGAAAUUUACAGGUUACCUAAUUUCAAUAUGCUCCUUUAGUUCCUGCUAACAGAAUUUUUCAAAAGCUAACUGUUUCGUGUUUACAGAAAGUUAGUCACGUUACCACCUGUUGCAAAAGGCUUUGUGUUGCCCUCUCUUCGACUUUCUGAAUGAAGUAUCCAUGUCCAAGUUAAACUGAAUAUAUUAUUUUACACUAAAACGUCACCUCGGGGAGGAAUGCGGGUUCAUAGUUCGUUUGUUUCGUAUUUUAAGUAGAAUUGCCUUGGUUAGGAGGAAAACGAUGGAAAUCGAAACAAAACUAAAAUACGAAAUAAAUAAGUACAUAACGCACUAGAAGUUGCAUCUCAAACAGAUUUUACAGAGAGCUUCUCUGUUAUAUGCACACGCACAUGUUAGCAGUAAGAAAAAUUUUAACUAAUAUUAAACAAUACUUACAGACGACACCUUGGCCUCCUAAAAAAAUAUAUAUAUAUAUUUAGUAAAUAACAAGUUAAUUUAGCGAAGAGUUAAAAAAAGAAAGAAAAACCCUUGAAUAUCGGUCUUAAGGCUGGUUUUCACUAGCGACGGAGUUAGAGUCGGAAUCGUAAGCAGAGUGUUAGCGAAGUCAAAAAACGGAGUCGUAAGCGGAGUCGGGAGCGACGGGAUCGGGGUCGAAGAAUCAGAAAGUUUCCAUUUUCUUCCGAUUCCGCUCAUGACUCCAUCGCUUACGAUCUAGUGAAAACCAGAUUGUCGGAGUCAGAAGCAGAAGGAUAAACCAAUCACAAUGCACGUUCCCACACUUUGUGAUGGUUUAGUCCUUCCGCUUCUGCUUGCGAUUCCGACAACCUACUUUUUACUUGAUCUUAAGCGACGGAGUCGUAAGCGGAAUCACUAGAUCGUAAAGUCUUACGCUUCUGGUUAAGACUCCGACUCCUACUCCGUCGCAAGUGAAAACCAGCCUUUAGUUGGCGCCAUGACGAUCUGAUGGAGAAAUAGAUAGUUGACUUGUGCCACAAUUUUACCACCUGUUCUUGCCAGUGUUAGUACUAAACAGUCCAGUUUAAACAUUCAUGGCUGCUGUGCUUAUUUAAGAGCACUUAUUAGGUUUAUUGCUUUUCAAUAUAAUAAUAACUAUAAUAUCAUAGAUGACGAAUUACUCCUUAAUUUUAGCGCAAAAUUUCAGCGUAAAUUUGUAAUUUCACAUGUGAAAUUACAAAAUUGCCAUGACAACCCUUCCGUACGUCUCAGUGGCAAGAUGGCGACGAAGUUUAUAAAAUGCCAUGAAUGAAGAUGUCAGAGCACAAAAAGACGCUUUAGAAAACCUGAACACGCACGAGAACAUCAACAAGGAUUCUAACAGGUAUUUUGCCGAAAAAGUCUGAAAAAAUCUGAACUUUAUAAGCCAAAUUUCAGCUCUAAACGUUUGAGAGAGUGGAGUUCACAAUCGAUCGAUACGAUCCAGGAUAAACAAGUCAAAAAUCCUCGAUUGCUAAGGUAAUUCGUGACCCAUGAUAUUAAUAGGUAAUCAAAUGGUAUGCUCGUGAAAUUAGGGAAUAAUUUCACUUGCGUUUUGUCCAAAUCCUAAUAAUAUAAGGAUAUGGACAAAACGCGCGUGAAAUAAAUUAUUCCCUAAUUUCUCUCGUUACCAUUUGAUUACACAUACCAACACAACAACACCAAAUGCUUUAUUUGCAUGACCAUAAAGGAAUUACAAUAUUGCAAAAGCUGUUAGUCUAAAUUUAAGUACUAAUUCAACUAAUUAGUACGUGCAAAACACUACAAAACGUUACAGUUCUCAUUCAUUCAUUCAUUGAUAUUAACCUUACUAAUUAGUAUAUACAAAGUCAGUGAUCUUGGUAAUUCAAGUAAUCUGAUUGGUUAGCUAUCUCAGACUAUGACGUUAUAUUCACCGCGCUAGGUGGUGAAUAUAAAGCAGAACAAAAUCGCUGUCGUGAACCAGUCGUGAAAUGGGUGUUUUGCAAAGUUUCAUAGUAAAGCCUUUUGAAAAUACACGAAUAUCCAAGUGCUGAUGACUUUAAAGGCAAGAAAAGACAUCAUGGUGUUUAAACAGCGUGAUUUGUUGUGAAGUGGUUUACUGUAGCUGACUUUUUGUACCCUCGAAGCUAUGUUUACCACUACAGAGGAAAACGAGGUCGCUUUUGUCACUGUUUUGUGAUUUCGGGAUUUUUUCGCAAGACCAAUAUAUUAAUUUUGCCUAUAAAUAGAAGUUAAUUUAUGGAGAAAAGAGGAAGGCAAAUAUUUUCGAAAAUUGUACGUGCCAGCAAGUUAACAAGGCAAAGAACAUUGGAGAUAAACAACGUUCACCUUGAUCGUAGCUGCUGUUGACAGCAUUUACAAGAAGCGACGAAGAAAACUCUCUCAUUCACGAUGAGUUGACAGAAACAAAAUAAAGCUCUACUUUUCUUCUCAGAAUUAGGUAGUAAAUUAAAUGUUCGGCGUUUUCUUUUAAACCGUUGACGCUAAAGCUUACAAAACUCGAUACAAAAAGAUUAAAACUAUCAUUUGCCAUGUUUAAAGAUACUGUAAAGAUCUAAUUUUUGCGCAUCCACUGUUUACGGCUUCGUGUUCACGCAUGAAUUCACCUGUCAAUCAAACUAAUCGUUUUUUAAUGGUUUCCUUUCUGAUUCUGUUGAGAUCACUUCGUGUGAAUAUACUAACACAAUUAUUCACCUCAGGCUCAGUUAAUAUUGUUGAAUAACCCCCUCGACUUCGUCUCGGGGAUUAUUCAACAAUAUUAACUUCGCCUUCGGCGAAUAACUGUUAAUUAUAAUAAGAAUGAUAAUGAUAGUGGUGGUAAUAGUGAUAGUGAUACUGAUAAUGACAAAGAAAAUGAUGAUGAUACCAAUAAUGAUAAUAACAAUGAUAAUGACAAUGGUAAUAAUAAUGAUACUGAUAAUGAUACCGAUAACGAUAAUGAUAGUGAUAAUGACAAUAAUAAUGAUAAUGACAAUGAUAAUAGUAGUGGUAGUGAUAGUGAUAGUGAUAAUGAUCAUGAUGGUGAAAACGAUAAUGAUAAUGAUAGAACAAAACUCAAUGCAAGGCGGGCACUACGCCAAAGGGCUAAUUUAUUUUUGGCCAAUAUAUCAGCUGCCAAAAUUAGCCUUCCUCAGUGCCAGACCCAUACCGAGUGAAAAUAUCUUUUAUGAUGAUGGUGAUAAUGAUUGUAAUGGUGAUAAUGAUAAUGAUGACGAUAGCGAUAACGAAAAUGGUAAUGAUAGUGAUAUUAAACCAUUUUCACUGUCAGAGCAACCACUUAUUACUUCCUUCGGGAAACUAAGUUAUUGGAACGAGAUUUUGCAAAGGCAGAGGGUCGUAAGACAGAGAACGGAGAGGGGGAUACGCGUCGCCGAAGGGGAGGUGGGAGAGUCAAAAAAAUAUAACCCUACUAAGAACGGCGUUAUUACUUGACAAAAGAUACUGAAAUCACGGUAUAGAUGGCUUAAAUGGGCAAAAGGACUUCCCCCGAGACUUCCCCACAUGAUUGUCUGUAAUGGUCUGGGAGGCUAGGAGAAUACCAGCAUUGUGCGCAGGCAGAAUUCGUGGUUAUUCUAAUAGAGAAAAUAAUAAACUAUUUUCACUGUCAAAACAACCACUGACUGCCUUCGCGAAAUUAAGUUAUGGGAAGCGAGAUUUUGCCAGAAAAUUUGCAAUGUUAAACCGACACUUUAAUGAUACUCUCUCCAGAACUCAGAAAAAAGGGAAUCCAUUCCUCUUCACAACACUAGAACAACAAGCUAAAAGGUAAGAAGGAAAGAGGUCCGGUCCAGCUAGGGAGAUUACCCUCCCAAUCACACCAACAACUUCGCAACCCGAGCCUAUUCAAUUCGCGAGCGAAGGAACUGACGGUGCGCCCUUAUAGAUGAAAGGGGAAAAAAGGCGGGAAAUAACUACCGUAUUUAUUCGAAUAAGCGCCGCGGCGCUUAUUAUCUUUUCCACUCCAUGUGAGGCGCUUAAUCGAGGGCUGUGCUUAUUCGAGUAAAUUCGGUAACCUAAGGGUAGGCCUACCUCACAUACGUAAACAACAACGACAAAACAAAACAACGAAAAGGAAAACAUAUUAAAAAAGGAAGGGUAACACCCGCUAGCCCGACCAGACCAGGGACCCAUCCUAAGACGGGUUAUAGGGAGUUCCCUUCUGGUCACGGCAGG